UCUCUCCACAUGGCCAUGUCUCUUCACUCCUUUCUUCACCAUCCCAGGAUCACUCACCAUUUCGUAAGCUCUGCUUCGUGCGGUUGACGCGCACGACAGCUAGCUUGAGGUGAAUUAUACCUAGCCACACCAUAGCAGAUUGAAGACGAUGGUUCACCGGCCGGCUGCAGCGAAUCGGUCAGGCUCAGGCGCAGGGCGGAGCCAGGUCGUGGACCAGCCGGCCGCGGCGAGAGGCACCAACGGGAGCGGGAGGCGGCAGCAGCAGGCGGCGCAAGAGCUGGUGCUGCGUCGGCUGCUGCCGUGCAACAAGGGCAAGGCGUGCCGGUUCAAACGCACCUGCUUCAGCGAAGAGGACGACGCCGCCUCCUCCGCCAUGCUCCUCCUCGCCUGCGUCGUUUGCGCCCCCUCCCUUUGAUGAUUAGUAUUAGGCCUGCUUAUAUAACUAAUCAGAAUGGAUCACGUCAUGUGAUGCGUGUCAGUCUGUGCCUCAUCGAAAAAAUGUGUUCACUGUGUACUGCACUACUUACUGGUGAUUGAUUCAUUCGUCUCUCUCAACGAGUGUUUGGCAGCAA